AGUUCACUAUGUACACCACUCCAUUUGCUAUUUUUACAUCUGUCCUAACAACCAUCUCUCUCAUUUUGCAGUUCCUACUUGCAAUGUGUGCUUCUGCUGUCACCGAUGGUACAUGCCAGCAUCAAACAAGGCUGCAGAACCGAUAAAAAUGCUGUAGUCAAAGUAUUCUACAAGAGGGGUAGUUGGGGCUGAGGAGCUGCAGAACUUCAUGGUGGAAGUGCAGAAAGAGACCAUGACAUCAAGGGAAGAGGCUCGGGCUAUCAUAGAUAACCAAGGAGAUUUCAUGCACCUCAACCUCUUCCAGAAAGGGCCCAUCUUUCCAUCAGAACCAAAAUGCAUAAAUCCUUUUUCAUGUUGCAAUGAAGAGAUCCUGCUUUUUCCAGAAGUAAAGGACAAUUUGUGACCUGCCACUUGUCCAGAUCAUUUUUUUUUCAAAAGACAUGAAUGCACCCUUGUCCCCAUGUCUUCAUCUCAGAAGCCAUGUCUCCUGUUUAAGUAAGAUAAGCUCAGUAGCACUUUCCAGUGAUGUUCCAAUUAGAGAGGCCCUGAAGACAGGAGUGAGAGUAAUUGGAGCUGGAUAUGUAGCCGAAUGAGAAGAAGGACAAUGUGGAUCUGGGAUGUAAUUGAACUUAAAUAGUGGCUUUCAUCUGGAUGCAGUUUGUGAUAAACUUGGUUCUGCUUAACAACAUUUCAGGGCAUUAACAACUUCUGCGGAACUUGUCAAAUGCCUGCCGUCCAUCAAAAAGCAUGCCUUCACUGCCUCUCCAUACCCAGUUAUAAUCAUUCUAGACAAACAUCUCACUCCUGAUCUUUUGGCUGAAGUAGCUCAGCCCACGUGCAUGAAGUGCCAUUAUUAUAUUUCUUGGUUCAUCACUUAAAAGUGAGUGUCGUCUUCUUUCAAUGGAUGUCUACUGAAACAUUUGGAGAAAUUUUGUUCACUCCAGAGACAGAAUCCUCAGAGGGAUUCCCUUCACCAGAGACACUGAAGCGGAAGAUUCUAAUUUCCACCAAACCACAGCAAGUGUAUCUUGAUUCUGAGACAGGCAAAUUCAAGGACCUUGAAUCCCAUAAAGGACUAAAGGAUGAUUAAUUAUGGGAAGUUGAAGUGUCAGAUUCAAAACUUGAUCUUGAUUCCUUUAGCAAGUUGCAUAUAAUAUUCUUCUUCUGAUGAUCUUGUCUUGGUUGUAUCCAAAGUGGGAGCGAAGCAUACUUCAUUAACGGACUGAUAGUGAACAUACUUUUGAAGAUGAAGAUCCUGAUGAUGGUAACAUAAACCUGAAUACAAGCAUCUGAUUGGGAUUGCUGCUAUAAAGAAGGGUAAUGAUUGAGUCAUUGGUUGUCGAUCCUGAUAAAGUUUCAUUCUUGAACUUAAGCAAGCAAACAUUUGACAAGGCUACAGAGAGCCAUGGAACUGAACUUGUGAGGCACACUCAAAUUAUGAUGACUGAAAUAUGCAUUUGAAUAUCAUGAAUAUGCUUCCUGUAAUGGGCUCACUUAAAGGAACUUAUUGAGGAUUUAUCCCAAGGGCACCAGAGAAACAUCAUUUGAUUACAACCCUUUGUGUGGCUGGAUUCAUGGAGUUCAGAUGCUGGCAUUCAACAUGCAGGAAGAUCACUCGGAUUGAUGCAAAAAUCAUUUUGAGCUGUGGGCCUGUGGCUAUAUAAGAAAACCUGACAUUUCUGCUGAGAAAGGAUUCAGACAUCUCCAAUCCUAAAACAUAACUUCCAUGGAAGCAAACCUUGUCGAUUCUCAGCAACAGACCUCCAAGCCAGAGUAGGAAGGAGAGAAGACACUAUAGAAGGAUUUACUUCUUGGAUACAUGUUCAUGGAUUUGAUGGUCCAUCUUAUCUUUCUCAGAGAGAAUGAGAGUGAUUCCGCACUGGAGGUUCCAAUGGAGCGUUCUCGGCGCAGCCUCGAGUCUCGGCCCGGGCCACUGCCAUCCCUCAUCCUUGUCGUCCUCCUCCCGUCACUCCGAAGCCGAAGAUGGUGAUUUCCCUAUCAACACCACGGCAACAUCGAUUUGCAUGUUUCGUGGCUCGGCGCCAGCCAUCCAGAUUGAUGCUAGCAUUAUCUACAGGUUCAGGUACCCUAGGAUUGUUAAAUCUAUACAUCCUCUUCUUAUUCUCUACUUUUGAGUGAUUUACGCUUUGGGGAAUUCAUCAAUUCAUUGCUUUUUUUAAGCUUUGUGCUUUGGCAACGGAGGAGUUGUUUUAUGGGAGUAAUUAGUGCAGAGUUUUCCUUUGGUGAAUGCUUGUUUUUUUCCCUUUUCAUUGUCCAAAGUAUUUGUGAUUUUGAUAUAUAUAUAUAUAUAUGAAAAGAAAUUUAGCUUUUGUAAUUCAUUUAUUUUACUUUAAUUGUAAUUUCAUGUAUAAGGAUUGGGUUUGUAAACAUUUCUCUGUGAAUAGUGUAUAAUUAAUAUCAAAUAAUAGGCAUAGUAUUAAGUGUAAGACACAUGCUUGAAUUGCUUUGAUUUUGCUGGUGUUUGCUUAUGGACAAAGGAAUUACUUUUUUGGUGGGUAUGCUUUGGAAAGAGAGCUCAAUGCUCUCAUACUAUAAUUUGGCUCCAUUUGGUAAGGGAAUCCAUAAAAGAGAAGAAAUGCUCUGAUUUGAAACACUUCUUUUGGCUGCCAUUGUUGAAUGAGAGCAUCUCUAUCUAAAUGACACCUGGUUCUGUAGUAUCCUUGAAGGUUCUUACUGUUAAAGCUUAAUACAUGAACAAACUGGUUAUGUAGUGACUUUAUAAACUUCAAAACUAGUUUACAACACAAGAUGUGGAUGCCUUUUAAUAGUUCUUUGAGGAAAGUGGUGGGUCUCUCCAUGAUCAAUGCUUAAAGCUAAGUUAAUGAAUUUAUGAAUAAAAGGUGAUAUGGUUCACUGACUGGUUAACUAAACUAGCUGCUAACUGUUGUUAUAACCCUCUUUUUGUCUGUUAUGGUGUUUGGGUUUUAUAGACAAAACAUGUUUUUCCAAAUUAAUUUUGAGAAAUGAAUUAGAAUUGAGUUUUUUUGGUGAUGUCCAAAUUACUGGUUUUAUCAAAAGUUCUCUAAAAAGAUGGUUUUGAAUGCGUUCCAAACAUAUCCUAAAGUUUUGAUGUAUAUCUAUGUUGAGCAUUAUAAAGUGGUGAAAAAAGUUUUAGAUAGACAUCUAAUUCCCUUGCCUUUGAUUUGCUUUUAAGGUGUAGAGUUGGUUUAAGUUUCAUUGCAGUGUUUCUUCCAUCUGUUAUUUUUCAUUUUUGUGGUUUUAUGAACACCCAUUGAGUUAUUUUUAGGAAAUUUUUUUACUUUUCAGAAAAAGAGUUUUGGUUCUCAGGCAUCACAUGGACUGGAGCCAAAUCUAUUUCAAGUUAAUUUUAAGUUUUCUCAGUGUGAUGAACUGCAAGGAAUUAAAGUUUGUGUCUGGAUCUAAGGAAAACAUAGGAGAAAAAAAACAUUACAGAAUAUAAUUUUGCAUUUAUGUAAUGUUUCCCUUGUCUGUUUUCCCUCUAUUUUUCUUAUUCGCUGUGAUGCAUUAAGAGUAGUCCUUCUGGAACAUGACUUCUAUCCAUCUGAUCAUUCUCCUGUUCUUUUUCUUUCUUCUUUUGAAACUUCAUCGUAGCUAGUCAUAAAGAUUGUGACCAUCAUGCUUUUCACGUUGAUUUUUAUUAAAAAUAGUUACUGAAAAAUAAUACCAGAUGUAUUUCUCUGAGUUUGCCAUGUCCAAUAGGAGGCAAAAGCGAGAUACUUCGAGGUUCUAUUCAUGAAGUGAAAGACUCCGAGCUAGGCUCCAAUGAGAAGUUCCCUGUAAUCUAAUAUUCUCAUGACUUGCGAGUCAUUUCAUAUUUGGAAGAGAAGUCAUGCAUCAGUCAUGGGGCCCAAUCUAAUUCUAUGCCAUGAAACGAAAGCUCUUUCACAGGCAUCAAAUGCUUUUCCCAUGGAAAAAGAGAAGGAAAGCAUCAAGCAUCUGCCAUGAAAACCAUAUACUCCACUCCACUCCUGAUAUAUCUGUGUAUAUCUGUACACCACCCAAACAACCAUCUCUCAUCUUGCAGCUUUGAAUGACUACUUACAAGGUGUGUUUCUGCUUUCACCGCCGGUAUAAGCCGGCAUCUAGUGACCCGCCGGAGCCAAUAAAAGGGUUUUAUUCCAAGUACUCGGUGAAUGGAUUCAUGGGGGCUGAGGAGCUGCAGAGGUUCAUAACGGAAGUGCAGAGAGAGGCCAGGGCAUCAAGGGAGGAUGUUCAGGCUAUCAUAGACUCCCAGCGAGAGUUCAGGCACCUCAACCUUUUCAGGAAAGGGUUGUCUUUAGAUGGCUUCUUCCGUUUCCUCUUUGCAGAGGAGAACAGUCCUAUCUCUCACUCUCUUGGGGUUCAUCAGGACAUGACUGCGCCCUUGUCACACUACUUCAUCUACACAAGCCAUAAUUCCUAUCUAACUGGAAAUCAGCUCAGCAGCGCCUCCAGUGAUGUUCCAAUCAUAAAAGCACUGAAGAGAGGAGUGAAAGUAAUCGAGCUGGAUAUGUGGCCAAAUGAGAAGAGAGAUAACGUGGAUAUCUACCAUGGGAGGACGUUAACAACUCCAGUGGAACUCCUUAGAUGCCUGAUGUCCAUUAAAGAGCAUGCCUUUACUGCCUCUCCAUACCCAGUUAUAAUCACUUUAGAAGACCAUCUCACUCCUGAUCUUCAGGCUAAAGUAGCUAAGAUGCUUACUGAAACAUUUGGAGAAAUGCUAUUCACUCCAGAGACCGAAUUCUUGGAGGAAUUCCCUUCACCUGAGAGUCUAAAGAUGAGGAUUCUAAUUUCCACUAAACCACCAAAGGAGUAUCUUGAUUCCAAGACAGGCAAAGACAAGGACCAUGAAACCCAAAAAGGACCUGAUGAUGAAUCUUCAUGGGGUGCUGAGGUGUCAGAUUCAAAACUUGACCUUCACACUUAUAGCAAGACUGAAAGCGAGCAUACUGUCGAAGAUGAAGAUCCUGAUGAAGGUGAACGUAAACCUGAGUACAAGCGUCUGAUUGGGAUUGCUGCUAGAAAAAAGAAGGGUUCAAUGACUGAGUCAUUGGCUGUUGAUCAUAAAGUUACACGCAUGAGCUUAAGCGAGCAAACAUUUGACAAGGCGACAGAGAACCAUGGAACUGAACUCGUGAGGUACACUCAAAGGAACUUGUUGAGGAUUUAUCCCAAGGGCACCAGAGUAACAUCAUCUAAUUACAACCCUCUCCGCGGUUGGAUUCAUGGAGCUCAGAUGGUGGCAUUGAACAUGCAGGGACAUGGAAGAUCACUCUGGUUAAUGCAAGGAUUAUUCAGAGCAAAUGGAGGUUGUGGUUAUGUAAAGAAACCCGACAUUCUGCUGAGAAAGGAUCCAUACGAAUUCGACCCUAAAGCAGAUCUACCAUUGAAAGAAACCUUGGUGGUGUGGGUGUACAUGGGAGAUGGAUGGCGAUUCGACUUUGAUCAAUCACACUUUGAUAAAUACUCACCACCAGACUUUUACACCAGGGUCGGCAUAGCAGGUGUACCUGCAGAUACAAUCAUGAAGAAAACAAGAAUAAUAGAAGACAAUUGGACACCGGUUUGGAACGAGAAGUUCGAAUUUCCAUUAACUGUUCCAGAGCUUGCAUUGCUGAGGAUUGAAGUCCAUGAAUAUGAUAUGUCUGAAAAGGAUGACUUUGGUGGGCAGACUUGUUUGCCUGUUUGGGAAAUCAGGCCUGGGAUUCGCACUGUUCCAUUGUGUGAUCGCAAGGGUGAGCCUUACAAGUCUGUCAAACUCCUGAUGCGUUUUGAAAUCAUUUUAUAUCAAUCAUGAAUCUUUACUGGGAUCAUAUGUAUUAUAAGUUUAUUGGGGUUGUAUUAUUGUGAGACUUUGUGUCUAUUCCUUCAUGUAUUUAUACAAUAGUAAUGAAGUGUUUGCCAUGUCACACCUUUUUUUCAUUUA